AUGCCUGCGCCCGCAGCCCCACAGCCCCGCCUGCGCCCCGCCGCCCCGGCGCUCCUGCUCCUCCUGCCGCCUCUCGCCACCGCCCUCGCCUGCCACCACCUGCGGCCCCGCCACGCCACCUUCCCCUGGGACAGCCUCCAGCUCCUCCAGGCCGUGGCUCCCAGCCCGCCACAGCCCUGCCACCACCCGCACCCGCCCGCCUUCCCCGACACCCUCCUCCACACCCACCGCCCACAGCAAGCCGCCCACACCGCCCUACGCAUCCUCCAGCACCUCUUCCACACCCUCAGCAGCCCCAGCACCCCCCAACACUGGGACCACGACGCACGCCACCGCCUCCUCAACAACCUCCAGCACCACAUCCACCGCCUGGAGCAAUGCCUCGCAGGCAGCGCCACGCUCGACCAAGCCCAAGGGCCCCGCGACCUGCCGCUCACCAUCAGCAAACACUUCAGCGACAUCCAACACUUCCUCCGCACCCACAACCACAGCGCCUGCGCCUGGGACCGCGUCCGCCUCCAGGCUCGCGCCUGGUUCCAGCGCCUCCACAACCUCACCCGCACCAUGCCCAAUUAGCCCAACCGCCCCCGACAGCCCCCACGCACCCCCAA